AUGGGUAGAUUUCUUUCUUUUACAAUUGCAGCUGUGACGCCGUUCACAAGAGACGGAUAUUUUGAUGCUAAAUCAGUCCCAGGCCUUAUACAGUACUUGGUCAAAGAAGCAAAUGCUCCCGGUUUAUUGAUUUGGGGUUCCACAGGUGAACAACAUCUUAUGUCCAUUGAAACUCGUUUGGAGUUUUACGGCUUAGUUAGGAAGACAGUUGGCCCCAAUUACCCACUUUACUCAGGAGUUGCCGCUUUCACAACAAACGUCGCUAUCAAAUUGGCUAAAAGAGCUGAAAAAGAAGGAUACCAGGCUACUAUGCUAGGAUUUCCUCCUUACAGAAUUCCUACCCAGAGUGAAGCUAUUGACUAUGUUAAAGAUGUUUGUAAGGAGAUUCCUUCAGUAUCUGUAUUUUUAUAUAAUAAUCCUAAACGGACCGCGUUUGACCUUUCUGUUGAAUCGUUGGUUGAAAUAGUGAAUCAAGUCCCAAAUGUUGUGGGCUUGAAACAGGCUGGAAAUAGAGCUGGUGUUCCGUUAGCAAUGCAGCAAUUAUCUCGUGAAAUUCAAUUUCUCUCAGGUUUUGAUGCAACUCUUGUUGAAGAGUUUCAAGCAGGAUAUUCCGCUGUUACAUCUAUUGCAGGAAAUAUAUAUCCUAAAGGAACCGUAGAACUUAUUCACUGGAUUGAAAAGGGUGAAAAAGACAAGAAGGUUGAAGAGCGCCAAAAGUUAAUAUAUGAUGCUAUUACCUUUGUUAACGAAAACGGUGGUAUAUCUUGUUUGAAAUACAUUUUGAGAAAAAGAGGUAUCACAGCUGGAUUUUCUCCACCCCCUGCAAAAGAACCUUCUACUGAUGUUGAAAUAGCCUUAAAUAAAUACUGCUAA